AUGCAGAAUAGUGGGUAUUUAGAAUGGUCUGCUUGGACAACAUGCCCUAAAGAAUGCGGAGUUCCGCAUUACAUACAGCGAAGAAGAGUUUGCUAUAACAGGGAUGCAGACUGCUCUGGUGAUWCAUCMCAAACAAAGAACAUACCAUGCUUCAAGGCAUGUCAAGCUCUUAACGCCACCAUCUGCGAGAACCAAACCCAAUUCCUCAUAUGUCCAAAUAAUACCUUUAUCAACAUUGAGAAAGUACUCGUGGGGAAGCAGGCUGAGAACUGUAACGCCACACCAGCUACGCCUUUGAACUGUACGGCUUCCAAAGAAACUGAAGAAUAUAACAGCAUAAGAACCUAUGAGCAAUGUCAGCAGAGAGGCAACUGUACACUAAACUUUACACUUAGUUUAUUUAAGGAUCCUUGUCCUGGUGAUAGGAAGUACCUUCAGAUAAAAUUCUCCUGCACUCCAGUUGUUGUAAGGACAUUUGCUGACAAUGAUUACGCGAAAGUGGAGUGUCCAAAAGAUACAGUCAUGAUACAUCAUAAAAAGGUCUCCUAUGGCAGACUAGAUGGGAACUGCUCUACUGUGAAUAUCCCAAAAGUAAACAAGAUUUGUUCGUAUACAGCGUGUAACGUCAAUCCUGUUAGUCUCGCAAAGUUAGGGGUAGUAAGUGACCCCUGUCCUGGAAAAGAGAAGGAGGUGAUAUUCAAGUACAGCUGUCAAAAAAGUGGAGCCAUUUACACCAUGUGGUCACCAUGGGGGCAUUGCGAGGCAUGUGGUAUGCACGCAAGAAGGAGUAGAACCAGAAAACUUAUCUAUGGAGAUCAAGAAUUGUACUGGGGAUGGCAUGGUGGGAAUCAUUUGAAAAACGCCAAGACUUGUUAUUUACCCUGUGAAGAACACAACGUUACGUCCUGCAACAACACUCUCGAUAUCACGUGUCCACCUUACACCAAAGCUGGAAGUUUCCCUACGGUUGUUGAAGUACGUUCAGUGGUUUAUGGACGCACAGUGGUUGGUGUUUGUCCAGCAAGUGGAGCUUUAACAAACUGCACGUCUUUGGAGACUAGUAAAAAGAGCGUCAUGGAAGUUUGUCAGGGAAGAAGCCAAUGUCUUAUCAAUAAUCUGACAAAGGUUCUUCGGGAUCCCUGUGUUGGCAAUCCCAAGUACUUUACAAUGCAUUACAGGUGUCAGCCAGGUAUUGAUUAACACAUGUUGUCGAUUAGUUUUGCCUGGUGGUGUUAUUGUAAUUUUAAUGUUAAAGAUCAAAAGAC